UACUCUACUCUACCAAGUUGUGUAUGCCAGGUACUAGUAACCCCCUCUCUGAGUACACAGGAAACACACUGUUCCAUAACCUGGUGCCAAGGUCACCACCUGAUAUAAGACGAAUGUGUCCCAUCGUACAAGCCUUAAUCUAUCAUCAUGGGUCCUUGUGUGUUCCUGUCUCUGCUCCUCGCUGUGUCGGCGGUCUCCGCUCAUCCUGGGCCCAGGAAUCUCCUGCAGUUCCGGAAAAUAAUAAAGUGCAUUAUACCUAACAGCAAACCCCUGGAUGAGUACAAUGGAUACGGCUGCUACUGCGGACUUGGGGGCUCUGGUAUCCCAGUGGAUGAACUUGAUAAGUGCUGUGAGAUCCAUGACAACUGCUAUUCAGAAUACAAGUCCAUUAAGAACUGCAACAUAAUAUUUGACAACCCUUAUACAGAGUUCUACUCCUACACCUGUUCUGAUAACACCGUGACCUGUGCAAGCAAAAACAACCCGUGUGAAAUGCACAUAUGUGAUUGCGACAGGAAGGCUGCACGCUGCUUCUCCCAAGCCACCUAUAAUGAGCAAUUCAAGAACAUGGAUAAGAAAAAGCACUGUCUGUGAACGAAGAAGGACAUACAGAAGCUGACGCGUUUCACUAUGACACUACCCUCUCUAUAACACGUAGUGCGGCUGUGACAGCAAUACCUUCUGCGCUACAAGGGUUAUAUUUACUAAAGUGCGGGUUUCUAGAAGUGGAGGUUUUGCCCAAGCAGCUAAUCAUACUCUAGUUAUUAUCUCCUAGAAGGUGCUAUAUAAAUGAUACGCAGAAUCUGAUUGGUUGCUAUAGGCAACAUCUCCACUUCUAAAAACCUGCACUUUAGUAAAUAUUCCCCCAAGUCUCUACCACAAUUUCAGCCCCUCUUGGUGAUCACAUCAGCCGAUAACACACUCUCUGCUCCAUCAAUAAA